AUGAGUUUCACCGUGCACUCGGUGUUCUUCACCCUGAAGGUGAGCGUCCUGCUGGGGUCCCUGCUGGGGCUCUGCCUGGGCCUGGAAUUCAUGGGCCUGCCCAACCAGUGGGCCCGCUACCUCCGCUGGGAUGCCAGCACGCGCAGCGACCUGAGCUUCCAGUUCAAGACCAACGUCUCCUCGGGGCUGCUCCUCUACCUGGACGACGGCGGCGUCUGCGACUUCCUCUGCCUCUCCCUGGUGGAUGGCCGCGUGCAGCUCCGCCUCAGCAUGGACUGCACCGAGACCACCGUGCUGUCCGACAAGCAGGUGAACGACAGCGGCUGGCACUUCCUCAUGGUGAGCCGCGACCGCCUGAGCACGCUGCUGGUGCUGGAUGGCGAGGGCCGGUCUGGGGAGCUGCAGCCCCAGCGGCCCUACAUGGAUGUGGUCAGUGACUUGUUCCUGGGCGGAGUUCCCGCAGACAUACGACCUUCUGCCCUGACCCUAGAGGGAGUACAGGCCAUGCCCGGCUUCAAGGGAUUAAUCCUAGAUCUCAAGUACGGCAACUCAGAGCCUCGGCUUCUGGGCAGCCAGGGCGUCCAGUUGGAUGCCGAGGGACCCUGCGGUGACCGUCCCUGUGAGAAUGGAGGGAUCUGCUUUCUCCUGGAUGGCCAUCCCACCUGUGACUGUUCUACCACCGGCUAUGGUGGCAAGCUCUGUUCAGAAGGAGUGCCCCUGGGUCUCUGCUGCUUCUUGCCUCUACUGGUUCAUGACAAAUUGGAGGGCAAAGGAUGCUGUGUAAACAGCUGUAAAAAUGUAACAGAGAAAAACAAUAAAAUCCUAGGGCUGGCUCACGUAUUACUGGGAGACAGAGGCCAAAGCCAGGGACACAAUCGAGAGGAGAACGUGGCCACCUUCCGGGGCUCCGAGUACCUGUGCUACGACCUGUCUCAGAACCCCAUCCAGAGCAGCAGCGACGAAAUCACCCUCUCCUUCAAGACCUGGCAGCGCAACGGGCUCAUCCUGCACACGGGCAAGUCGGCCGACUAUGUCAACCUGGCUCUGAAGGAUGGCGCGGUCUCCUUGGUCAUUAACCUGGGGUCCGGGGCCUUUGAGGCCAUCGUGGAGCCAGUGAACGGAAAAUUCAACGACAACGCCUGGCACGACGUGAAAGUGACUCGCAACCUCCGGCAGCACUCAGGCAUCGGACACGCUAUGGUAAACAAACUCCAUUGUCUGGUGACAAUCUCUGUGGAUGGCAUCCUUACCACGACGGGCUACACUCAAGAGGACUACACCAUGCUGGGCUCGGAUGACUUCUUCUAUGUGGGAGGAAGCCCCAGUACUGCUGACUUGCCAGGCUCACCCGUCAGCAACAACUUCAUGGGCUGCCUCAAAGAGGUUGUUUAUAAGAAUAAUGACAUCCGUCUGGAGCUGUCUCGCCUGGCCCGGAUUGGGGACACCAAGAUGAAAAUCUAUGGUGAAGUUGUAUUCAAGUGUGAGAAUGUGGCCACGCUGGACCCCAUCAACUUCGAGACCCCAGAGGCUUACAUAAGCUUGCCCAAAUGGAACACCAAGCGCAUGGGUUCCAUCUCCUUUGACUUCCGCACCACAGAGCCCAAUGGCCUGAUCCUCUUCACUCAUGGCAAGCCCCAAGAGAGGAAGGAUGUUCGGAGCCAGAAGAACACCAAGGUGGACUUCUUUGCCGUGGAACUCCUUGAUGGCAACCUGUACUUGCUGCUUGACAUGGGCUCUGGCACCAUCAAAGUGAAAGCCACUCAGAAGAAAGCCAACGAUGGGGAAUGGUACCACGUGGACAUUCAGCGAGAUGGCAGAUCAGGUACCAUAUCAGUGAACAGCAGGCGCACGCCUUUCACCGCCAGCGGGGAGAGCGAGAUCCUGGACCUGGAGGGGGACAUGUACCUGGGCGGGCUGCCCGAGAGCCGCGCCGGCCUCAUCCUGCCCACGGAGCUCUGGACGGCCAUGCUCAACUACGGCUACGUGGGCUGCAUCCGCGACCUGUUCAUCGACGGGCGCAGCAAGAACAUCCGGCAGCUGGCCGAGCUGCAGAACGCCGCGGGCGUCAAGUCCUCCUGCUCCCGCACCAGCGCCAAGCAGUGCGACAGCUACCCCUGCAAGAACAACGCCGUGUGCAAGGACGGCUGGAACCGCUUCAUCUGCGACUGCACGGGCACCGGCUACUGGGGGCGAACCUGCGAGAGGGAGGCGUCCAUCCUGAGCUACGAUGGCAGCAUGUACAUGAAGAUCAUCAUGCCCAUGGUCAUGCACACGGAGGCCGAGGACGUGUCCUUCCGCUUCAUGUCCCAGCGCGCUUACGGGCUGCUGGUGGCCACUACCUCCAGGGACUCUGCCGACACCCUGCGCUUGGAGCUGGAUGGGGGACGCGUCAAGCUCAUGGUUAACUUAGACUGUAUCAGGAUAAACUGUAACUCCAGCAAAGGACCCGAGACCCUGUAUGCGGGGCAGAAGCUCAACGACAACGAGUGGCACACCGUUCGGGUGGUGCGGAGAGGAAAGAGCCUUAAGUUAACUGUGGACGAUGAUGUAGCCGAGGGUACGAUGCUGGGAGAUCAUACCCGCCUGGAAUUCCACAACAUUGAAACUGGGAUCAUGACCGAGAAGCGUUACAUCUCCGUGGUCCCCUCCAGCUUCAUUGGCCACUUGCAGAGCCUCAUGUUCAAUGGCCUGCUCUACAUUGACUUGUGCAAAAACGGCGACAUUGACUACUGUGAACUGAAGGCUCGUUUUGGACUGAGGAACAUCAUCGCUGACCCGGUCACCUUCAAGACCAAGAGCAGCUACCUGAGCCUGGCCACCCUGCAGGCCUACACCUCCAUGCACCUCUUCUUCCAGUUCAAGACCACCUCGGCGGACGGCUUCAUUCUCUUCAACAGUGGCGAUGGCAACGACUUCAUCGCAGUUGAGCUAGUCAAGGGGUACAUUCACUAUGUGUUUGACCUUGGAAAUGGCCCCAAUGUGAUCAAAGGCAACAGUGACCGCCCCCUGAAUGACAACCAGUGGCACAAUGUCGUCAUCACCCGGGACAAUAGCAACACUCACAGCCUGAAAGUGGACACGAAGGUGGUCACUCAGGUUAUCAAUGGUGCCAAAAAUCUGGAUUUGAAAGGUGACCUCUACAUGGCGGGUCUGGCCCAAGGCAUGUACAGCAACCUCCCAAAGCUCGUGGCCUCCCGGGAUGGCUUUCAGGGCUGUCUGGCAUCAGUGGACUUGAACGGGCGCCUGCCAGACCUCAUCAAUGAUGCCCUCCAUCGGAGUGGACAGAUCGAGCGUGGCUGUGAAGGACCCAGUACCACCUGCCAGGAAGACUCAUGCGCCAACCAGGGGGUCUGCAUGCAGCAGUGGGAGGGCUUCACCUGCGACUGUUCCAUGACCUCGUAUUCUGGAAACCAGUGCAAUGACCCUGGCGCCACCUACAUCUUUGGGAAGAGCGGAGGCCUCAUCCUCUACACCUGGCCGGCCAACGACAGGCCCAGCACGCGCUCGGACCGCCUGGCCGUGGGCUUCAGCACCACCGUGAAGGAUGGCAUCCUGGUUCGCAUCGACAGCGCCCCGGGCCUCGGUGACUUCCUCCAGCUUCACAUAGAACAGGGGAAAAUUGGCGUUGUCUUCAAUAUCGGCACAGUCGACAUCUCCAUCAAAGAGGAGAGAACCCCAGUAAAUGACGGUAAAUACCACGUGGUGCGCUUCACUCGGAACGGAGGCAACGCCACGCUGCAGGUGGACAACUGGCCCGUGAACGAGCAUUACCCCACAGGCAACACUGAUAAUGAACGCUUCCAAAUGGUAAAACAGAAAAUCCCCUUCAAAUAUAACCGGCCCGUAGAGGAGUGGCUGCAGGAAAAAGGCCGGCAGUUAACCAUCUUCAACACCCAGGCGCAAAUAGCCAUUGGUGGAAAGGACAAAGGACGCCUCUUCCAAGGCCAGCUCUCUGGGCUCUAUUAUGAUGGUUUGAAAGUACUGAACAUGGCGGCUGAGAACAACCCCAAUAUUAAAAUCAAUGGAAGUGUCCGGCUGGUGGGAGAAGUCCCAUCAAUCUUGGGAACAACCCAGACGACCGCCAUGCCACCAGAGAUGUCUACUACUGUCAUGGAAACCACCACGACAAUGGCUACUACCACAACCCGAAGGGGCCCUCCGCCGGGCACUCCACCCAUCUCUGAACCCACGUCAGAUGACCUUGUAUCAUCUGCUGAAUGUUCAAGCGACGAUGAAGACUUUGUUGAAUGUGAACCGAGUACAGGUAGGUUAGCAAACCCCACGGAGCCGGGAGUGCGACGCGUCCCGGGCGCCUCGGAGGUGAUCCGGGAGUCGAGCAGCACCACGGGGAUGGUCGUCGGCAUAGUGGCCGCCGCCGCGCUCUGCAUCCUCAUCCUCCUGUACGCCAUGUACAAGUACAGGAACAGGGACGAGGGCUCCUACCAGGUGGACGAGACGCGCAACUACAUCAGCAACUCGGCCCAGAGCAACGGCUCGCUGCUCAAGGACAAGCAGCCGAGCUCCAAGGGCGGCCACAAGAAGCAGAGGAACAAGGACCGCGAGUACUACGUGUAG